AUGCAACCAGGUCCACACAACACCAAUGUCAUCGCCAACGUAAACUACUUCCCUGCCACCGGCAUCCCCAUCCCCAAAUCAGAAUGGAAAGUCAAAUACCUCGACGACAAAGAUGAACACACCCGUCCCAUGCUCAUCCGCGACGUAAGAAAAGCGAAGAAGACAUUCGACCUAGACAUCAACGGCUUCACAUUCGUCACUCUACCACAGAAGCAGAGAGUAGAUCGGCACAGCAGCGAAGAAGACGUAAAACGAGAAUACUACCCCGAGUUGGAAGAAGUGGUCAAGAACUUGUACAAACCCCACCAACAUCCUACAACCGGCGCCUCAACCGUCCACGUCUUCAACCACGUAAUCCGCGCACACACCUCCCCCUCUGCAAAGGGCAUCCAAGACGCCCAAGGCAGAUGGCAAGACAUUCCCUCGGGCCACCCGCACGUCGACUACGCGGGCUCCGCGUCCGCCCUUGCCGGUACGCUUACUGAACUCUCGUUCCCACCCCACAUCAACAAGCUCUUCACAACAUCCACGCGCUACGCCUUCCUAAACUGUUGGCGGCCGCUCAAAACCGUGCGUCGAGACCCGCUGGCCGUGUGCGACGCGAAUACGGUGCCUGAUGCCGAUUAUCAGGUUAGGUUGAGGGAGUUCAGUCGCACGGGGAAUCGGAGUGAGAAUUAUGUUUUGAGUUGUGGGGCGUUGGAGGGAAAGAAGGGGACAGAUAUGUGUGAAGGACAAGGGCAUGAGUGGUGGUAUAUGAGUGGGAUGCAGCCGUGGGAGAUGGUUGUGUUCAAGGGCUUGGAUUCGAAGAGGGAGGAGAGGGGGUGGAGGUGUCCGCAUACUGCGUUUAGGGUUGAGGGGAGUGAGGGGGAGGAAGCGAGGGAGAGUAUUGAGGCGAGGGUUGUGGCGUUUUGGGAGUAA